AUGUAUUGGCCCAUAGGGACCCCCAGAAUUUUCGCCACGAGCAGCAGGUCUGGUCCUUCGUUCAACCUAGUGGUCUCCCAUGAUGGCCUACCCAGCCCCUUCGACAGCCGGUCGCGAGGCGAUCUCUCUCCAACGUCAAACCUGACUACUCGAUCGACACCGCAACAUGACGAUGUUGAGCUUGCCACCCCGCUGACACCAAUGACACCCGCCAUCCAGUCAGUUGAUGACGACGCCCACGACCCAAACAAUUGGCAUUCAUCGCCACGCCUCAACAACAAUAUUCCUCUGAAAGACCCUGUUCUUGCUCUGCGCAUCUCUCGUGGUGGUCAGCUAUUUGCUGUGAUAACCUCGACGUCCAUGACAAUAUGGCAAGCCAAGCCUACAGUGAUACUUGCCGUCGUCGUCCGCUCUGAAACUUCUCUUUCGACAUACGGUGAGAACGUGGAUUUACUGUUGCGACCCGACUCAGCCAUUCUUGUCGUUCGAACGACCUUGGGCUACCUCAUCACAUACUCCCUUGCAACAGACUCCGAGGCUCAGGUUUACAAGCCUUAUUUUCCGAGCUAUGCAAAUGUUCAGCGACGUCGCCAAAAUCACCAUGGGGGGCCCGGAAGCGCGGCGCCAGACCAAAUUCUGUGGGGUCCCGGUGAGGGUCAAGGGGUUCGCGACGUAAGUGUCCGCUUUAGGAUGGUCAUCAAAGUCGACGCCGGCAUUGAAAGCGCGCUGGCUUUGGACGACGAGCUAGUUGUGGCCACACGAAAGCCCGCAGCUAUCCAAUGCAUCCGGUGGACUCCAGACCAUAGUGGCAGCCAGACAAAGACGGAAAUAAUAAGUCGAAUGGGAUGGUUAGAGAAGAAGAUUACGAUUUUGGAAAUGACCCACGACCGACCCAUGAACCUCUCGACUUGGAUUACCAGCGACGGCAAGGUCUAUGCAGUGCAGCGGUUGAACUCAAAGGAGCCAUCCGAGCCAGACUCUCAGGAAGCCGACCCGAAGAAGUUAUUCAAGGGCUACUGCUUUCACACGCCACAUGGACCCGCGGGAUUCGCCAAACGAGCAGUCGUCAACGCCAGGUUUUCUUUAAUUGCCGUUGGAUGCGCCGACGGUGGCAUACGUGUCUAUUCUGCCCGAGAUUAUGCUGGCAACAUACCACCGUCCCACGCCCAUAUCAUACCUGUGUCGUCGACGGUGUGCGGCUCACUGACCACUCUGAGCUACUCUCCCGAUGGCUACUGCUUAUUUGCCGGUUUUGAAAACGGGUGGGCUACCUGGAGUGUCUACGGGAAACCGGGCAGUCACAGCUUUGGCGCGCACGAAGCCGUAGUUAAGUCCAACGGGGAAGACUGGAUUGCUGGCGUGGGCGAUGCCGUUUGGCUCGGUAGUGGCACCGAGCUUCUGAUCACUAAUCGUCGCCACGAAGCAAUCUGGGCACUAGAAAUGGCCAGGAGUGCCGUUGUCAGUUGUUAUAACGCGGCUAACCUCCUACGGACAGUACUUCAGACCAACACGAACGUCAUGAUCUACCGCGGAUACGAUUUGCCAGAUCUCGCAAGCAUUUCGGCCGAGCCGCAUCUGUGGCACACGACCAAAGUGCCUCCCUCGUAUUUGCUUCAGCAAUGGCCCAUUCGCCAUACAGUCAUUUCACCAGAUGGUCGGUAUGUGGCGGUGGCUGGACGGCGCGGUCUGGCCCAUUAUAGCGUCAACAGUGGUCGUUGGAAGACAUUCGUCAAUGAGGCCAUGGAAAAUGAGUUCCAAGUCAGGGGCAGUAUGUGCUGGUACCAACAUAUACUGGUGGCUGCAAUCGAGGCGAACAAGUCCCACGAGCUCCGCCUCUAUUCGAGAGAAACAGCUCUGGACAGUUCGCUUGUAUUACAUACCCAGCAGCUGCCAGCUCCCGUAGUCCUGGUGGCCUCAUCGGGGGAAGAUUCGCUUCUCGUCUACACAUACGAGAACUUACUAUACCACUUCAUCUUUGCGCCUUCGGGUGGUUCCAUAAGACUGGUGCAGCUAGGACAGAUCGCAUUCCAUGGGAUUGUGCGGUCACCUGCCAGAGUACGCGGUCUUAGCUGGAUCUUGCCAGAUAGUCAACUUAUUGAUGGAGACCCGUCGCAAGAUGUUGCAGUGGCGUCGGUUCUGUUUUUAGUUGAUGCUAAGCUGGUCUUGCUCCAGCCAUCGUUAAAUCACGAAGGACAUCUCAAAUACGACAUGAAGGUCAUUGCUCAAAACGUGGAGUUCCACGUGAGCAUGAGAGACCAGCCUCACUUCGACACCACUGUCAUGCGCCCCGAAGAGCUUGCGUCUUCGGGCAGCGACUUGUCUUUGCGGAACUCCCUCUGGGUGUUCGAUGGCCAAGAGUUUAAGCUCUGGCCUGAUGUGCAAGAGGUGCUCCGGGCAGCAUCGAGCGAGGCGUCUCGAGAGCUGCCGAAAACAAUCUCAGUUCCGUUAGACUUUUACCCUCUUUCAACUCUACUUGGGAAAGGCAUCGUCCUUGGCGUUGAAGCAGAUCUUGUGCAACGAAGGGAUAUCAGCUUCUCCUUCUUCCGUUUUACCAUCAGGACACACCUCUUCUUACCGGACAUUCUGCGUUUCCUCUUGACUGAGAACCACGCUGUAGACGCAGUCAAGUUAUCGGAGCAGUAUCAAAACCUGGAGUAUUUUGCACACGCUUUAGAGGUCUUGCUCCAUAAAGUCCUAGAUGACGAGGUAGAUUCUGGACCAACCCCAGAAGAAGCGAUCCUCCCGCGUGUGCUAUCAUUGCUAUCGUCGUUCAAGCAGUAUCUUGAUAUCGUUGUGCAGUGUACGAGAAAAACCGAGGUCAGGCAAUGGCGGACGCUGUUCGCGUAUCUUCCACCAGUCCAAGAGCUUUUCGAGGAGUCGCUUCAGCGAGGAUCUCUCAAAACCGCCGGAGGCUAUCUGAUCAUUCUACACACUCUGGAUGACCUUGGCUCUGCUUCGGAGCAAACAGUCCGGCUGUUGUCGAGAGCGAUGAAGGAGGGCGAUUGGGAAUUGUGUAAAGAGUUAGCACGCUUUCUGGCAGCCAUGGACGAAACAGGUGACUCUCUCCGUGAGGCGAUGGAGGGUGUCAACAUAACCGUGAGGAACGAUCAGAAUUCGCCUGGGAUGAUGACGAGGCUGGGUGUUCCGGUUCCUGGUAAUAGAGCCAUGAACGGCUUAGGGCUCAAGUAUGCAGAGCAAAGUGAUGACAUGGAGUCGGAAGGCCAAUCGAUGGGAACAUGGAGCACACCUCAGAGAACCGGCGUCAAUCAACGCCCGACGAAAGACCUUUGCUGUCGACCAAACAGUUCCAGGUCAACACCCAUCACCGAACCGACUGCCAGUCCACAAAUCGAGACGGCGACUAGUCACUGCAACAUCUCAGCCUGGCCAUGCUCUAAAAGCUUGUCACGAACAAGGCGCACCUUCUUCAGUAUGAUGGACGACUUUGGCAGCGAGUCGGAUAGCGACUAUACGAGUUAUUGGCGCGAUUGGUUCAUUUCUUCUCGCGGAAACGAGUACUUCUGCGAAAUCGACGAAGACUACCUCACAGACCGCUUCAACCUGACGGGACUGAACACGGAAGUUCAAUACUAUCAAUAUGCGCUCGAUCUCAUUACCGAUGUCUUCGAUCUCGACUGCGAUGACGAAAUGAGAGAGACAAUCGAGAAGUCGGCCAGACACUUGUAUGGCCUCGUUCAUGCCCGGUUCAUCGUCACAACGAGGGGUCUUGCUAAGAUGCUCGAGAAGUACAAGAAGGCGGACUUUGGCAAAUGUCCACGCGUCAUGUGCCACUCCCACCCGCUCCUGCCCAUGGGUCUCUCCGACGUCCCAAACCUGAAGCCGGUCAAGCUCUACUGUGCCCGCUGCGAAGACAUCUAUAACCCCAAAUCGUCGCGUCAUGCGGCCAUUGACGGUGCAUACUUUGGCACCUCCUUCCACAAUAUCAUCUUCCAGGCCUACCCAGCCCUGAUCCCCACCAAGAGUGUCGAGCGUUACGUCCCCCGAGUGUACGGCUUCAAAGUUCACGCCUCGGCUGCGCUGAUUCGAUGGCAACACCAGAAGAAGGACGAGAUGCGCCGUCGCCUGCGGAAGAUGGAGGUGGAUAGCGGGUUCCGCGACGAUGAUGUUCUAGAGGACGAUGAUGAUGUCGAAUUUGAAGGUGUCGAUAACCGUGCGGUGGGUGGCAACGACGGUGUUACCAUAGCUUGA